AUGUCGGAUUCAGGUGACUCGUCGGGUCUUCACAAGCUUUCAACGAAAUCCGCCGUUUUCGGGCUAAACCUCUACUUAGUCAUCGCGAUUAUAUCUGUCUUCGUGUUACUGAUCUCACUCUUGAUCUUCCUCUUCGUCUGCUUGAAUCGCGUCUCACGCGCCCGUCGAAUGCGCGUGAAGCACAGCUCCGGCUCGAUCCCGUUGGUCUCUAAGGAGAUAUCGGAGAUCAAGACGGUCGGGAAGUUUCUGGACUGUGAUGAUUCCAAGGGUAAAAUCGGGAAAGAAGUCGUCGUGGUCUCCGGAGCGAGCAAAGAAGCGAGUGGUGGGUUCGAUGAUUUGUCGGUGGCUUCGAGCGGCGACGUUGGUUCCGAGGUAAUGGGAUGGGGAAGGUGGUACAGCUUGAAAGAUCUGGAGGUUGCGACACGUGGCUUCUCCGAUGAGAACGUGAUCGGAGAAGGAGGAUACGGCGUCGUUUAUAGAGCUGAUUUUCACGACGGUUCUGUCGCCGCCGUCAAGAAUCUACUUAACAACAAUCGCUACUCGCUACUCCCUAGUCCUGGAGGCAUUAAACUGUAUGUUGCUGUUUGUUUAGGUAGGGGUCAGGCAGAGAAAGAGUUCAAAGUCGAGGUAGAAGCAAUCGGGAAAGUAAGACACAAGAACUUGGUUGGUCUGAUGGGAUAUUGUGCUGACAGUGCUCAAAGGAUGCUUGUAUAUGAAUAUAUUGAUAAUGGAAACUUGGAGCAGUGGUUGCACGGUGAAGUAGGUCCCGUGAGUCCUCUCACGUGGGAUAUCCGCAUGAAGAUUGCCAUUGGAACAGCUAAAGGAUUAGCCUACUUACAUGAAGGGCUUGAACCAAAGGUUGUGCACCGUGAUGUGAAGUCUAGUAAUAUCUUGCUUGAUAGGAAAUGGAACCCGAAAGUAUCUGAUUUCGGUUUGGCCAAGCUAUUAGGAUCUGAAACAAGCUAUGUGACAACGCGUGUGAUGGGAACUUUUGGAUAUGUUUCACCAGAAUAUGCAAGUACGGGUAUGCUCAAUGAGUGUAGUGAUGUCUACAGUUUCGGUGUUCUGCUCAUGGAGAUUAUUACAGGCAGGAGCCCUGUCGAUUAUUCAAGACCACCUGGCGAGAUGAACUUGGUGGAUUGGUUCAAAGGAAUGGUUGCAAGCAGACGUGGAGAAGAAGUUAUAGACCCUAAAAUCAAGAAUCCACCGCCUCCUCCAAGAGCUCUGAAAAGAGCUUUGCUUGUUUGUUUGCGUUGCAUAGACCUUGAUUCUAGUAAACGGCCAAAGAUGGGACAAAUCAUUCACAUGCUUGAGGCUGAAGAUUUCCCUUUCCGUCCUGAACACAGAUCAAACCAGACAAACAAAAAUGCUCAUCACCACAAUGUUUCGGGGAGACCACUUAAGAGUUGA